GAUCAAGCCCUUGCCAAAAGAAGCCACUUCGACAACCAUGCCACCAUUGCUAGCACCGCCCUCCUCGAACGCCAUUGACCAAGUCAAGACCCUCAUUCGAGAUUUCAAGGCCAAUAGGCGCAAACCUAUUCUAGCCACCGAUGAAGAAAGAGAAUUCGAGAUUCCCCUUGAAGAUUGGUACAAGCUCCAUGAUGAAUUCAAUCUGAAAGAGGAUAGGUACUUUUUUGAAUGCUCAUACGACACAUCGAAGUCAAUUCUUACCAUCAAGGGGCCUCCAUCCGACGUACAUGAGGCUGUGGUCGAAUUUCUCGCUCAAAAUCUAAAUCGAAGCAUUUCUCUCACGGCUCCUGUUAGGGUCAGAACUACCGGUCUAGUCAGUUGCGAUGAAGGACAAUAUAUGGGAUCGGAGAAGAUACCUGAUCUGGCAAUCUUCGAAAAGGAUUCGAGAAAAAAUUGGAAGAUCAAGUGGGCUCUCGAUGUUGGCUUUUCUGAGAAUUACGAGAAGUUGAAGAGUGAUGUAGAAUUGCUGUUGAAGGGGAAAGCUUCCGAGAUGAUUCAAUGUGCUCUGGUGAAAAUCGUCGAGACUCCAAAGUAUCGAUGCCCGAUAUCGAAUGAGGAGGGAAUCGACUUACAAGAUUGGAAAGAACCUCGGAUGUUCGAGGCAAUGGAAUGUCACGGUGAAGGAUAUGGCCCGAUUUUCUAUCAGGGUCGUCAGUGGGUUGGGGAAAUCUCAAACAUCUUUUGGGAGACGUGGCAACUUGACGUCGAAACGAAUGAGGUGAAGCAGGUUGGGAAGCGACAUGUUAUAUAUCCGCCUUCGGCGACACCUGAGCCUUUCCCUCCUAUCCGACUGGACCGUCUUCUCUCGAACUCUCCAACCACCCAACCACUACUACUUGAUUGGACUCUCUUUCAACCGACGGCUUAAUUCAUCACAAGAGAAGAAGAUAGAUCGGAACUGAUAGGCGACUCUUCGUGAGUUCAUACAGAGCUUAG